UUAUGAACGGAGAAGUAUGGAAGAAAAACUGAACGCGCCAAAUAUCUACGUAGUUUAUACUGUUCCGUUGUGUAUAUUGGAAUGCGAGACGCUUUGUCAGAACAAUAAAUGCACAUGGUUCUGAGUAAACUUGUGACUGUCAUAAUUUUGCGAAGUGGUUUUGUGCUAUAGAUGAUACGGUAAAAAUGGGAAUCAAAGGAUUCGAAACAUUCAUCAGAGAGAAUCCACAUGAAAAUAUUGCUCAGGAUGUAAACAUUCAUGAUGCAAUUGUCGAAUGGCAACGAGAGAACGACAUGAGACAACCGACAAUUAUAAUCAAUCUCGUGCGUUUCGUUAAAAUUUUGGCGAAAAUCGAUCGAAACAGUCUUAUCGUCGGCGGACAAUAUGAUAUAUACAACAAAAAGAUCACCAAAUUCUUCGAAAAACUGCGUGAAUGGAAUGCUAAAUUGGUGUUCUUCUGUCGGCCAUUUUUGAAUGACAUCGACGAAGCGACAAUCGCAAACGCCUACAAUCAUGCCGUACGAAAUAGUUUGCCUGAAUUUAUGUUGGAUCAGAUGAAAAUGGGACGAUGGUCGCCGUGCCAUAUGGAUAAGCGAUUUCUGUACAAUCUAAUGCAAAUCUGUUCGGGCUACGGUGAAGUCUACACUCAUAUGCACGGAGCUACGUUCAACAUUGUUCAGUAUGCUCGAGAGCAUAGCGACGAAGUACUCGCAAUGAUUGACAACGACACAGAUUUUCUACUAUUCGAAGGCGAGUAUCAGUACUGGAGCUUGGCCGAUUUGGAUAUUCUGCGUUUCCAGACCAAAAAGUACUGCUCUGACGUAUUGCACGAUCGAUUAAAAUUGAAUACACAACAAAUCCAAAUGCUUGCUGCAUUGUCACGAUUGAAGGGGGAUUGCAUUCCAAAUUUGGCCCGCGAUAUGGAAACCACAGAAAACAGCGGCAAAACAAUUUUUAAGCUAUCUAAUUACGUCCGAGGUCUGGAUAAUCUUGGCGCAUUGGAACGCAUCGCUGCCGAUAUUUUCGGUGAGAAUUACACGCCGCAACAGUUGAAAGAAAUCCAAGGUGAAUUGAUUCGCUAUCAAAUGCCGGAACCAGAUAAUUUGAGUGGUCGCAACCAAAGUUUCCGCGAUUUUGUGGAGUUUUCCAAAAUAAACUUGUACUUCGUUUACGGUUUGGCCGUGGAAACAGUGUCAACAAACCAAGCGUUGGCAUUCAUCGACUUGCGUCGUCCCGAUUCAACGGAAUUCAUUCAACUGAUGACUACCAUGCUCAUGAAGCAGUGCGGAAUUAUUUUCAAGGAUGUUGAAGAACGACCACAUUCUCGUACUGUUAAAAUCAAACGAACUCUGAAUGUGAUGAGCCCAUCAUUUGCAAACAAAAGCGAUGAGAACGAUGAACCCAUCAUUUAUCCACCGAUGGACUUGCCAUCUCUUCACCAAAUAAUCAUUCAAGAAAAAGAUACGUCUUUUGAUGAUACACGUUGGUUCAUUUUCCGAUGGAUGCUCGGCUUGGAUGAUGAAUUCAUCUUGAAUGUCCGAAGUAAAUUCGAAUCGAAUUUCAUGCGAAUUGUUUCGUAUACACUCAAAUUUUUGCUAUCGAACCAAUCGAUUUCAUUCCGUGAGGCCGAUAUUAUUUUCCUCACCGAAUUGAAUGGACAUAAUAUGGCCACCAAUGCCACCAAUGCCACUAAUCAACGAUGGCAACAAACAAACAAUACUAGAAAUGCCCCACCGGCUGCAGCACCCGGUUUUGCACCCACUAAUCACAAUAUCACACCAUUGUUUAUCUCAGCAAAUUGGCGCGACCCAAAUAAUUAUAUAUUGCCAGCGCAGCCAGUGGCUAUGGUUAAUUUCCAGGGGAUUCGACGACCACCACUCGUUAUAUCGAAUUGGCGUGAUCAACACGAUCGCAACGACCGUCGACCACACAAUUGGUCGAAUUACAAUAAUCGUGCACGAAAUACGCUUCCAACUAAGCAUGAUCGCAAUUUCAUUGACCUCGAAUGGAUUCAAGUCGCACACAAGUACACAAUUGCAUUUGAGGCAAUUUGUCAUUGCCUUGAAUUGUGCGGUUUACGAAAAGAAACGGACCUCAUUCGAUUUGAUGCUUUGAAUUUCCAUGCAAGAAUGCGUCGAGACAAAAGAGGCGAUGCAGCAAUUGAUACCAUGGUGGCCAAAAUCAGAAAUAUCCGAUUGUACUGCCGAUAGAUAUACGCUGUAUUUCUGAAAAAAGUUUCAAAUAAAAAUGCGUGCUUUCCGUUUUCUUACUUUUUA